ACACCAUGGCCCAAAACUGCUGCGUUCAACUAUGAUACAGAAAUGGCCGCUACGUUUGGUUCAAUCCAAAUUUGCGUUAAUGUGUUGCAUAACUGAGCCAUUUAUGCGAUCAAUGGCUGAAGGAAGCAGUGUGCAUUCAGAUGGAAUCAAAGAAGUCCAUCAGGUACCGAUGAAUGUCAUCAAUCGACCAAUACCUUCUGUGCUUGAAGAAGAAAAAGUGCAGUCUCUAAUGAAAACAAUCCAGGAUGAGAAUGCAAGAUAUUCUGUGCCUCCAAUUGAUGUAUUAUGGAUCAAAGGAAGAUUAGGUGGUGACUAUUUCUACUCAUUUGGGGGAUGCCAUAGGUUUGAAGCUUACAAAAGACUUAACAAGAACACAAUUCCCUGCAAGCUAGUUAAAUCAACAGUUGAAGGCCUUAAGGUUUAUUUAGGAUCUUCUUUGCCAGACCUGAAAUAAGAAUCAGUCUGUAGUGUGUUUUUGUGAACAUGUGUGACUCCACAAUUCUCAGUCAUCUACAAUAAUAGGGCUGGCAAAUAGUGAAAUGUGAUAUCCUAGUUUGAAUAUUGUUACCCUAAAAUCUUAAUCACACUUCAGUAGAAAAUAAAACUAUGUACAUGAAAGGCAUAUAGUCAUGAACUGUAUAGAAAUGGUAUUUUCAAAAUUGUACAUAUUAUUAAGAAUUGUCUUAUAAUUGAAUGACAAUAUUUCAUUAUUCUCAGUUAUCACUCUAUUCUUUAAUUUUCUCUAAAACACUCCAUACUCUUACUCCUGACCAGACAUAAUACACAGGCCCAGUUGGUUUGGUUGAGCACAGACUCUUUUUCUCCUUCCUUUAAUCCCUUUGACUCCCAGAGGUGAUUAUCAUAUAACUACUCCCUAUAAUAUCCAUACAUUAUACAGCAAACAGGUAGUGAGAAUACGCAAACUCAUCAGGUACAAUUUAUAACCUUGAUUGAACACCAAGUUCUCGUAAUCAAUUUACUAGGAAAUGUGUUGUAGCUAGAGGGGAGGAUUGACAAUCAGAUCUUGGGAGUUAAAGGGCCAAUCCCUUUAAAUAACCUGUCCUACCACCUCUGAAUUCAUUGUAAUGCAAGGGAUAUUAAUUUGAGAAAUUAAAUGGGUUGGGUAUGCUUACAGGUAUUUGUUUUCACAAUCAUUGAGUGUGUCUAUAGGGAAAGGGACUGAUUAAUUACAGUGUUUGCACAUGUAGAACUUGUGUAUGUUUUUCUGUCCACUCUCUCGUGACUCCACCACUCAAGAAUAUUCUGAUGUCUUGUGUACACUGGCCAGUUUCUCUUAUAUUUCUUUGCUCUUUGGCUGGAAUUUGCUCCUGUGACAAAUACAAGCCACAGGUUGGGUUCAACUAUAUGUUGCUACAUAUUUUUGAGUCUCUUGCCUGCAGAUCAAAUUGACUUAUUUUGGACAUAUCAUUCCUGUCUCAAGUCUGGAGAAUAACUUGGUCAUUCAUUCAGGAAAAAAUUUUGGCAUUCUUAUUACUUAUGUUAGCAUUUUCUUAUUUCUUUGUAAAUAAAUGUGCAUUUUCUGCAAUCCUCUCUAGUUUAUUGUGCUUGAAGUUGUCAGAUUGUCCUUGAAAAAUCUGUGGAAAAAGUCUUUCCAUGAGCCACAUAUCAUGGGGAAAGAGAUCCCAUACAUUACUCUUACAAAUAGGGUUGGAAUAGUUUAUUUCUAUUUGUGGGUUGGUAAACUGUCCAAAUUAACGAAGCCUUACAUAUGAGCUCCAAGAAGAACCUCCAGGUCCCAGGUGAUGAACUUCCUUGUUACAAAAGUGUUCUGAGAGGUAGG